AUGAAAAAACAAGUUUCGUCCACUUUCUUACUGGUUAUUUAUUGUAUUUUCGCUGCUUGUUUCUUGCUCAGUUCUGCUGAAGGAUUAGUUCCAUCCACACAACCAUACUUUUUAUGGCCUAAUCCACAAACAGGAGAAGCAACAGUUUAUUUUAAAAACGGAGGUUCGAAACCAGUCGAAACUUUGUGGGUUGGUUAUGCUGCUUGGAAAGAUGCCCCACAAGUUAAAAGCAAAAUUUCCAAUUUGAUUUCAAGAGGAAUUGUUCCAUUCAUUCAAUCUUAUCAUUUUGGAGAUAAUGGACUCAGAGGACAAUUCGAAUUAGCUCUUGCUUUUGAUAGAGAAAUUGCUAGUGCUAUUGGAAACUCUUUUGCCAUUGUAAAUUUGGAACCAGAAUGGGAUGUUGAUGUUGUUUUGAAUUUAUUCAAAUCUUCUCAAGGAACUCAAUCAUUAUUGAAUAGAAUUCAAACAUUUAAGAGUCUGGCUCCAAAUUCAGUGGUUGUGAGUACUCCAGGAUUGUGGAAAUCAGCUCAGGACUAUUCAUUCUUUAGCUCUGUAGAUUCCAAAUUGAAUGCUCGUGCCAUGUUGAUGCAUGUUGUGAAUUCUGGAGAUGCAUCAUGUGCUAAGAAACAAGAUGGAUCAUUGUGGCCAUAUGGUGUAAAAUCUUUGAGUGAGGGAAUUUCAAUGGUCAAGAGUAAGAUUGAUGAAAAUUUGAACAAGAUGACACAAGCUUGGGGUGGUUCUUUACCAUUUGAGUGGAUUUUGAGUGAUGUUGGUGUUACUAGUUGUGGAUGGGGAGCUGAUGGACAAGCUGCUAUUGUUAAUGAAUUGAUUAAGAAUUUGGAUUGUUUAUAUGCUAGUGGAUUCCGUGGAUUUAAUUUGAGAAAUUCAGGUCCAUCUGAUUUAUGGGAAAGAGCUAUGGGUAUCAACAAUGAAGGAAUGUUCACAUUCACCACAAGUGCAGCAACCAUGAAUGUUAUUAAAACUGGAUUGACCAAGGUUAAUGCAUUCCUUGUCAAUGGCCAAAAACCUUCAUGCUCUUCAAAUAAUGGUGGAUCAAAUUCUGGUUCAACUUCCUCAUACAAGGUCAAUGUCAUUAGUGGAAGUAAUGAUUGGUGGACUCAAAUUGAAGUUUUGCCAACUUCAUCUGUUCAAACAGUUGUCUUGAAAUGUGGAUCUGCAUCAACUUCAUUGGAAAGACCAGCUUGGUCCCAAACUCAAUUUGUCAAAGGACUUUCCGCACAAUGCCCAAUGGGAUCAGAUAUUCAAGUUAUUGUCAACUCAAAAUAUACCUAUCCUAUCAAUUUGAAGCAAAUUAGUGAAAAUACUUGGGAAGGUGAAAUGCAAAAUGGUUUUUGCCCAAUUGGUGCCAAUGUUCAAUUGUUUGUAGUGUUGAGAAAUGGACAUGUUGAAAGAUAUGAUAUUAUUUAUGGUUAUGAUAAUGUUGCCAGAUUGUAUUAA